AUGCCGCUCGCUCUCGGCAAGCGUGGCGUUGUGUCGGAGGUGUUCAGAGAGCAGGCCGUGGCAGCACGGGGAAGCAUCCUGGGUCUCUUCCAGCAAGCCCCACACUUGCAAAGUAUGGAAGAGCUGACUUUGAUUGAAAACUGUGGUGUCUCCUCUCCUGGCAUGAGCAGCAAUAUAGUAGAGUGUUGGUCAGAGACAUCAUCUCCCUAG